CACAACAUGUUUCAGUUCAAUUGAUAGUGAUGGUUAGACUGGCAAAAAUGAGAAAGUCCACAUCAGAUUCGAGCUUGGAGCGUUUGAUCUACUGCAGGAACCCUGCCACGACUACGGGACAGAAAGAGAUGAAACAAACAAACUGGAGAUCAAGAAUGCUUUUCAAGACUUUUCCCGUGAGAGAAUCACGCCACACAUUGCCACAGAGGAAAUCAUAUGGGCCAACUACUGAAGAAGUGACUCAAUGGGCACAGUCUCUGGACAACUUGCUGAGCAGCAAAUGUGGAUUUACCUCUCUGCGGCUGUUCAUGAAGUCUGAACACUGCGAGGAGAAUAUCGAGUUCUGGAUGGCCUGUGAAGAGUUCAGAAAGAUCAGGUCCAGAUCAAAACUCAAAUCCAGAGCAAAAACCAUAUACGAUGAGUUCAUCAGGGCAGAUUCUCCAAAAGAGAUCAACCUGGACUUCCACACAAAGGAGUCCCUCCACCAAAGCCUUCUGAUCCCAAUACAGUCCAGUUUCAAAGCUGCCCAAAACAGAGUUUACUUCCUGAUGGAGCACAACUCGUACCCUCGGUUCCUGGACUCUGAACUCUAUCAGCAGCUCUGCAGAAUCGCUGCAGGGGAGCGAUAAUGUGUUUAAAGGAAUGGCCGGUCCGUUUCAGAAUGCUGCGCAUCUAGUGGUUCAUGUAGUGAUUGUGCUACUAUGAUUUCAGUGUAUUUAAUAUUGCACAUUUUGCACAGAUUUGUAAAUAGUCAGGUAUUGGUAUUGAGUGUUCACGUAACGUUGUAUCUAUGUUCUGAGGUUUACUUGUUACUUUUUUUUGCUUUUCA